AGAUUUAACAUUUAAUGGAAUUUUAUGUCUUAUGUUCUGAAAUACCGAUUGUGCAAAAAAUCAUGUGUUCUAUGAUUUGGAACGUUACAACGGUACUGAGACUUGACAUGCGAUCUGUGAUGUCAAGUGCUUCUGAAACAAUAUAAGGAGAAUUGAUAAAACCAGAUAUAGUUCAGUCUCAAGCCUUGCGCUUGCACAUCUCAAGUUGAUCGUGCAUCGUGCAGCCCAGUUUCUUUAUAAAUCGUGACCGUACGUGCUACGAAACUGGGAACAGUGAACGUCCAAGACGAUCGUGCAACAAAGAGGAGGGAACACGUUCUGACGAGAUUCGAGAUUGCAACGAGGUUUCUGACACAUCAGUGGUUCAGUGAAUUUUUAUUUAUGGAGAACUACACGUCGGACUCGAGCGAUUCGGAUUCCAGUACCAAAACAUUGGAUCUAUCCUAUCUGAUGCUCAACACUCAAUUGCUAAACGAUCAUUUUAUCAAUACGAAAAAUCCAGAAAACGUAGACACAUUGCUACUCCACCAAAAUCGAUUGAACAACAUUCCACAGAUGAUAGUUAGGUUCACGAACUUGAACUCAUUGGACAUAUCAAAUUGCGGCCUUCAUCGACUCCCUGAUUUCCUUGGGGAUUGCCCUCUCACGUGUCUGGUGGCUAAGCACAAUAAUUUGACGAAUGAUUCUUUGCCUAAAAAUUUUCAAAAUUUGUCGAGACUCAGAGAGCUGAAUCUGAGCGGUAACAGAUUGACAAAUUUUCCACUGCAAAUUCUAGAUCUGACAGAGAUUAAGUAUCUGUAUUUGGGUGGUAAUCAAAUCACUGAAAUCAGUAAAGAUGUUUGGAAACUGCAAAGAUUGCACGUUUUAUCGAUGGGUGGAAACAGAUUGACGGAAGUGCCAUCCACCUUAGGCGAGUUAAUGUCUCUUCAGGCGUUGAUAUUAUGCGACAACAUGCUGGAGAGUUUACCUAGUUCCAUAGCAAAAUUGACCAACUUGAAAUCAUUGUUACUUCACAAGAAUAGAUUGAGAACAUUGCCCACUGAAAUCAUCACGUUAAAAUGUUUGACAGAGUUAUCUUUGAGGGAUAAUCCAUUAGUAGUAAGAUUCGUAUCGGAUAUGACACACAAUCCUCCAUCCCUAUUGGAACUGGCCGCUAGAGUGAUAAAGACCAAUGACAUCCGAUACGAUAGGGAGAGUAUACCAAGGAACCUGGUGGAGUAUCUAAACAGCGGUCACCGUUGCGUCAAUUCUAAGUGUAAAGGUGUAUUCUUCAAUAAUAGAGUAGAACACGUCAAGUUUGUCGAUUUCUGUGGAAAGUAUCGUCUACCUCUGCUACAAUAUCUUUGUAGCAGGAAAUGUAUAGAAUCACGAGAUGGAGACGAAGUGGUCAGUGGUGCGAUGAUAAGAAAAGUUCUUUUGGGCUGAUUACUAUUAGAUGAAAUUUUACAACUUCAAGAUUUGUUAUCUUUCCGCUCAAAAGAGAUAGAAGAAUAUCGAUCGAUCAACGAUUGUCAAAUACAGUUUCAAGAUUUGAAGGUUGAACGGAAGAGAUAAAGGAGGGAUUAUGACUUGCAAUAUAAUUGCACAUUUGAAUAGAAAAUUCGAAACUCGAGACAUGUAUGUAUAUAUAUAUACACAUAUACAUAUAUAUAUAUAUAUAUAUAUAUAUAUAUGUAUAUAUAUAUACACAUAUACAUAUAUACGUACAUUGAUUGUAAAUUGAACAUAAGUUAAAGAAAAGUUCAAUCAAACGAUAAUAUCGCUAAUAAGUCUUUCAAAACUGAUGAAUCGUUUUUGCCAAAAUUGCCAUUUUUAUAUAUAUAUACUAUACGUACAUAUAAAAUAUACGUAUAUUUGACCGAGUUUUGUUUCGUUUGCGUUGCAUACUUACUUGCUUUGUAUCCGCAUCCAUCGUGCAGAACUGUAGCGAAUGAAACCGCAGUGUUUGUUAACGUUAUCGUUUUAUUGUUAAAUAAACCACAAAAUCUACAAUAAUAAUAAUCAUAUUAUCAUAUAGAGUCUCCGUAGGAACGGAGGCGUUCGAUCCUCGCUUAAAACACAUCCAUUGAUUUAUUUCUACGAUUACCGAUUAUCGACUAUUCUCUCGUGUGUGAACCGUGUAAAACUGAAAACAUCCGUCAAGUGAACGGUAGCGAAGCGAACGAUGUUACUUUAUUAUCGUGAUUCGUCGAUAUAGAGUCGUUUAAGAUUCAUAGAGAACAUCGUUAUUUUUUUUUUUUCUUUUUUUUCAUUUUUCCCCCUUUUUUUUUUAAUAACUCGAAGUAAGUCGGUGACAAUCUUCGUGAAUAUAGCAAUAUCGUAUUAAGAGUUCGCUAGUCUUUUUUUCUUUUUCAUUCUGUUUUUUUUUUCUUUUUUUUCUCUUUAAUAUCGCGUAUAAUGUGUUGCUGUGUUUAUUAAUUAUCUAUACAUACAUAUGCAUAUUCAUAUAUAUGCGCUCUGUUAUAUUAUACAUUACAUACAUGUAUAUGUACAUACAUGUAUGUACAUACUUCGAUUUCCCCCCUCCCCUCUCCCUCCCCCCUCCCUUCGCCGCUCUAUUUCUCCAGCGAACGAGUAUUCUUUGUGUUCACACGCGUCAGGCACUCCAUUUCGCUCGCACACAGCUGCACGUUCGUCUCUUCUCUUUUCAUAUCACGAUCUUUCUGGGAUCGAUGUGUUUUCUUAAUUUUUUUUUUUUUUCCUUUUUUUUUUCAUAACUAACUUCUCAUCAUCUCUCUUUCGUUCUCUUUUUUUCUUUUCGUUUUUUGCGAAUCUCACGCCAUUCACAUUUGAUACAUUCACAGAUUCUUCUUUUUCCUUUUUCCUUCACAGAUUAUCUAUAUGUAUAUUAACAUAAUUUUCCCUAGUUAUAAUCGCGAGUAACGAUAACCCUCUCGGUAUGGCAUUUAUGGUUGUCAGAGGUGUGAACGAGAUGUUUUCGAUGAUUAAUAGUGCGUUAUGGACGUUUUGUUGCUUAUUUUACAGAAUACGUGUAAUAAAAAUGAGGUUGUGGUACAAGUUCACUGAGACUUAGCGUUAUUAGAUCGGAUCGACGAACGGGUAUGCUCUCACCAUGGUUGCCGGCUAUAGUCGGCAAGCGAAUAUAAAAGCGUACCGGCUUGCUGACUAUAGCCGUCCACUAUAGACGUAUAGUAUUUCGAGUAAAAGCACGAAAGAUUGAUUAUAGUCAACAAACUCCUAAAUAUUACACUUUUUACCGCUGAUUAUAUUCGACUUGUAGCUUAAGUAAGCGUAUAAUGACGGUCGACUAUAAUCGACUUACAGUAAUGAAAAUACGUAACCAGCCAUAGGAGACCAUCGAUCAUAGCCGACGAGUUAACUUAGGUGAAAGACUUUAGUUCCGGACUAUAAUCGUCACGGCGAACAUAUACAGAUUAUAGGGAUCGCGCGAAAUAUCAGGCACGAGCCUACUAUAGCCUGUACGCGUUCUCUUAUUACUCGACACGAUAACAUGUUUCAAGGGGGGGAGUGUGAUCGUAUAGUCGACGUAUAUAGACUGAAAGGAGCAUACUAUGAUCAGUGAAAAGAUCCACGAGACCGUCAAUUAUAUUAAAAAUCCAUCAAGCACUCGACUAUCCGUGACUAUACUUGGUUCGCAGACUGUUAUACGUGGCCAUACCGGAAGGGGUUAAACACUCAUUCCAUAGGCGAAUGUGUAUCUCUAACGUGGACGCCGUUACAUGACUAUAAUCUCUCCGGGCUGCGAACGACCGUGUAUAGUCACCUCCGUUCCUCUUCCUCCCUUCUUCCCCCCUUUCGCCCCUAAGAAUUUCCAUCCUUUCUUUUUCUUUUUCUUUUUUCCCCCGACUUUGGCGCAACCGUGUUGCACAGAGCGGGGAUAAUAAUACGAGGAAGAGGAUCGUGUAAAAACGGAUCGGCUAUCAGCAAUCAUCCGAACGGAACUCGAUUCCGGUUUCAAUAAUACCAAUCGAGAAAUCAUGGCUGAUCUCAUUCGGAAAAGCGAAUAAUUCUCGAGUAUUUAUGGGACUCGAAUAUCGUUCGACAGAGAUGUAAAAAGAAAAGGAAGAAUAACGCGGACGAAUCACGCUGAGAACGCGGCAUUCCACGUUAAGGAACGUUUCUUUUUUUUUUUUCUUUUUUCUUUUUUCCGUGGAACGAGUCAAAUCAACGAUCGAUUCUGUCGGAUAAAUUGGCGAGGGGAUAUACGUGUGUCAUGUAUACUUCUGAAGAGGAUGUCCUAUAAUCAUAGCCUUGUAAAUGAGUCGUUCAAGCGUUAUAGAUAUCAUGAAAGAGACAAAGAGAUAGCACGUACGUUCUUUUUUUUUCGAUUAUAUGUCGGCUAUCGUACAUAUCGUAUCGUAGAAACGAGAGAUAUUAGCAUACGUUACAACUGAUAUUGCCAAAAUAUCUCCACUCUAUCUCUCGAAAUCGAAAAUCUUUCUAAUCUCCGAAAAUAGUGGGUACAAGUGUUCUUAAAUAUCGAUCGUCUACUAGUUAUGGUUGUUUUUUUUUUUUUAUUCUUCGCGACAAGUUUCUCCUUGUCAUUGUUUUCUUCUUUUUUUUUCUUUAUCUUAUGCACAGGUAAUACGCGUGAAAGUAAUACGCUCACUACGGAUAGAAUCGCUACUGUGGUGCAAAAGUAAAAAGCUUAUAAAAAUUCGAUCGUGUACGUAUGUAUGUAUGUAUGUAUGUAUGUAUGUAAGAUCCGCCUCUAAAAAUUCUGCUCUAAAAAAUCUCCAAGACUCGAUCUGACAUUCAGCUUUUUCCCUUCGACUGUGGUCGAAAGAUCGUAUUAGAUAUUAACCCUCGACUGGUAUCGUUGGAUUUUUUUUAUUUAUUAAGCGACAUUGCUUACACAUUUUCGAUCAUCAUCGUUGAAUCGUAACAAUCUUAUUAAGCGAAAUUCGGGACAAAAGGUUGGAAAGCGAAACAAACGCACGAGACUCGUCAUCGAUCAUCGAACGAUACCAAUCGAGCGUUAAAUGGCGUAAAAAGGAUAUUGUUCAGUUUCAUCCAUUCGUUUCUAUUAUUUACACGCAUAAUAUUUCGCGAUCGAGAUCGAUAAAGGGGGUGCGCGCUGAUCAAAUCAUCACUACUGCUACUACUACUGAAUCAAUUAUAUUGACGCAUUGUGACGCCAGUGUAUCUACAGUAUCGAAGAUGAGCUAUACAUGGUACAACAUUUAGAAUUAUCACCGAUCGAAUUAUAAGAAUCUGAUCUUAUAUAAGGAUUAUUCACGAAUGAAAGGUGUCUUUUAACAAACGUAAGAAAGACACGGUAGAAAACGAGAAUAGGAUUACAAAGAGUACUUAUACACUGAGCCUGUGUGACACGUGAAGUUUAAUACGAAAUUUUUAUUGCGUCCUUCGAAUUUUACAUUACGAAAAAAAAUUACUCGUGACAAGAAGAAAGGAGUUACAGUUUUUUCUUUUUUUUUUUUUUUUGUCUACGAAUCAAUCAAUCAAGAAACAAAUAAUCGUUUAUUCAUCGACGAAUUUCGUAUUAAUUAAUCACUAUUAUAACUUAAAAAUAUAUUCGUCCUUAAAAAUACCGUAUACAUGUGCAUAUACGGUAUUUAUAUACCGCAACGAAACGAACUUACUUUUUUUUUUCUUCUUCUUCUUAGUUUAGAUCGAUUAUUCGCCAUCCUUAGGAUGCGUACGACACGAAAAACAGGAAAAAAUUAAAAAAAUGAUCGUAACGAUAAUUCAACAAUUCAUCGUAAUUGAAGCGUUUUCCGUUCAUCAUGCGUACAAUAUUGGAAAUAUACAGGGCUUACUACACUAUUUCAGCCACGAUCGUUCAAAAAUCGUGCAUAUUCCGAUUGAAUUUUCGAAUUUCUUUCUAACGAAUGAUACGUCUCAGAAUUAAUGGGGGGAGGGGAGGUGGGGGAGAAAAAAAGGAAAAAAAAAAAAGAAUAACUUUCACAAACAGAAAUAGAGUUAAUGAAACAUCAUGGAUAAUCGUGAUAUAAUGACUCUUAAAGAGAUCUUUAAUUUUUCUUGCAUGAUAAAAUUAUUAUCGUUCUUGCUCUACAAAGAUACUCGACAGGAAUAUAUUUUACGAUCUGUAGCUUCGUACCGAAGCGUCGAAUCGAACGGAAAAUAAAUGAUUCACGAUUGAAUAACGAUCGAAAGCCAUUGCUAAUUUCCUUUGAUCGAUACACAGCUAAUUAAAUAUACUUAUAAAUAUACUCCUCUCGAGACAUUUUUUUCUCUCUCUCCUUCUCUCUUCUUCCUUCCCUCCAUCCCUCUCUUUCUUUCUCCACAUAUAUACAUAUGCACAUCACACACUCAUACAUAUAUGCAUAUAUAUGCAUAUAUAUAUAUAUAUAAUAUAUAACAUAUAAUAUAUAUAUAUACACACACACACACAUAUUAAAUUACUUUAUUAACGUUUUUUUUUCUCUUUACACAAUUAUUACAAUUUAUUUACUAGAUGAUUCGAAACGGUGCGACAUGAUGAUAGUAAUAAUAAGAAGACAAAGAAAAGAACUGGUGAUUUUUAUGUGGUAACGGUAAUGAGAAUUUCAGGCAAUCGAUGACAAUAGUUGUUCGAAUAGUCAAUCGCUCUUUUUUUUUUCUUCCCUUUCUCUCAAUCUAAUUCGUGUUUGUUGUUUCUUCUUAUUUUUCACUUUCUCUUUCUCUUUCACACCAUCACUUACUUCUCACUUUCACUCUCUCUCUUUCCUACUUCCUCUUUUUUUUUUUUUUACAAUAAAGUUAAUCAUUAAUCGCUAUUGUUAAAAAUUAAUUCGAAAUAUAUUUGUAUAAAUAUAUACACAUAUAUACGUAAUUUAAUAACACAUAUUACGCGUAUAUGUUUAUAUAAGUCACAUAUAUAAUAAGUAAUUUUCAUAUAGUAUGAACUUUUAAUAUUUUUUUUAAUAGUUUUCUUCUUCGUUAUUCAUCGUUAUUUAUCGUUACUUAUUUACAUUUUGUAAAUGUCUGUGUCUGUAAUGUCUGCUUGGCGUACUUUUUGUAAUAGAAUAAAAUGUAAACCAAAGGAUAAAACAAAAUAAGAAAAUAUCGGAAUUGAUUUACUACACUGUUAAAAUUCCAAUUCAUCUUUUUAUACAUACAGAUUUGAUCCCUUUAAUCAUACGACGAUUCGUCUUGUUUUUUUUUCUUUUUUUUUUCUUUUUUUCUUUUUUUUUUUUAGACUAUAUAACUUAAUUUUCUUUCAAGUUCACGCUGAAAUGAUAUUCAAAGUACGCAAAAUUACAAAACAAAAGAAAGAUUGAAUUAGAACUAAAUCGAUAUAAAUUUUUCUUUAUUAAUAGAAUAAUCUCGACAAUUAACCAACAAUUUACUCUUUAAGAAGUGCAAGAUUUCUUCGUAUUUGUUUUUAUCCCUUCUUCUCCCCUUCUUCCCCAUAUAACAUAAUUUGUGUUGCUUUUUGCGGCUGCUAAUCAUUAUUCUUUCGUCCGUCUAAAAUUUAAAAAUAAUAAUUUCCCUUUUCUCAGAUUUUUCGAACACUCGUCAAAUACUUCCAAUUCUCUCUCUCUCUCUCUCUCCCUCUCUUUCUCUCUUUCUCUCUCAUUUCCAAGAUGUCAAUUGACAAAGGGAAUUUAAAUACAUCAAUCUUACUACGUAUUGUUCAAGCAUAUCAAUAAUUUCACAGGAUAUGCUUAGAACUUGCCGGAUGUAUCACGGCAAAUGAAAGACAAGAUGGUUUCAUUAAGCAGAAGUUUAAAUAAUGAUACGUUAAAGUUUUAAUAAGUAAUUUUUCUUUUUCUAACGAAUUUUUCUUUUUUUUUUUUUCUUUUUUUCUCUCUUUUCGACAAAGACCAAAAUUGAUAGAAAUCGAAAGAAAUAAAUUAUUAUAUAAUUCUAAAUUCUAUAAUUCUAUAAUUCUAGCGAAUAAAAAGAUGAUCAAUAUUUUUACAUCGAUAAAAUUAUUGACUUAUGCUUAAAGAAAUGUCGGAAAAAUACCAUAUUAUCGAUAAAAAUUCCAUGAUCGAUGUAUAUCUCGACGAAUAAUCAGAUUCGUUUCUUUUUUGUUUUAAAUAAUAGCGAUAAGGGAAAAUAUCAUUGUACGAUUGUCAAAACAUAAAGAUUAGUUUUCUUCGGUAUUAAAAAUGUAUUCCGUUUUGCGUGUUCGGAUUAGGAAACGAAAGAGUUGGAUAAAUUUAUCCGAUCGUUCAUACAGCAAUGAGAAGCAAUGAAUUACAAUUUAAAUAACUGAAGAAAAGAAAAAAAAUUGUUCGUGUUAAUCGUAAUUUAAAAACGUAUCGUAAUUUACAUCGUAUCAACGCGGAUAAAAAAUUUUGAAGCAAAAUAUCUUAGCACAUCUCUUUCUCUCUCAUUUUCGCUCACUUACUACUUUCAUUCUGUCCCCCCUUCCGUCACACUCCCUUUCACUUUUUCUGUUAUUGAUCUAUCAUCUGUCUUCCAUUUUGUUCUUUCUCCCUCAUUUUUCCCAUUUUCUCAAUCGAGUCCUUUUCUCCUUUCUCUAAAAAAGAAGGGAACUGAAAUAAAUCAUUCGGUAUUGACUUUUAUCGAUAGCCUCCUUUUUUUUUUUUUUUUUUUUUUGUAGUUUCUUGAGACGCGAUAUGAUAUGUAGAAACGUGUAAAAUGGCGGCUAACUCACGCGCAACAUGCUCCGAAAGAUCCAAUUGCAUAGAGGUCGUUUUUUCAUCAUUUAAAAAAAUCGAAAUUCAUCGUGCGAAAUAUACAAAACUCUUUGUACACUUCUACUAGUUAUUUCGCCGCAUAAUUCUGCAAGACAAUCAAUUAACGAAGCGACCAUCUUGAUCUUCGACAUCUCGAUCAGGAAAGUCAGAAGUCACUCUAUCCGACAACGUCGUUUCUUUCGAGAACAUAUAAAAUAUGCAUGGUGAUGCGUACGAAAGAAUAAUCUAUAUAAUUCGCUUAUAAGUCUGUACUUACUACUGUCUGUUCUUCGCAUGCUGAUACAGAAAUGAAAAAGAAACGUUACAAACAUUUCUAAAAUCCUGUUGACACAAGAAAAAUAAAUUGUGACAGUUUUAAAAAAGAAAAUCGCACUCUGUAGAGUUUCGUCGCGUAGGAUGAAAAAUAUCGCUCGGUUGUAGCCGAGUGUCCGUUAAAGAAUAUACAACGAUAAUCGUGUGACAAUUAAAUACGUAACGAAUAAAGUACUCGAGUUAAUUAGCGUUCAUUUCAUUAAAUAGAGGAUAGCGAUUCGAAUCGUCCAGGCAUGGCUGACUGAAUAGGCACGAACGAGUGUGUACGUAAUACGAGAGUGUUUCACGUGUCGUGUCCCAAUAAUGGAAAUUUUCUUUUGUGUCUCGUCCAAGAUCAUCGGAUACAUAUUUCCUUUUUUCUUCUUCUUCUUUUUCUUCUUCUUCUUCUCCUUCUUCUCUACUAAUCGUAUCGAUGUACGCAACAUAUCUCAUCGUCGGAAACAUAGUCUUAAGUCGAUAAGAUAGAGAUUGUGCACGCAAAUUAUUCUUGUUAUGUGUUGUAAUGCGUUGUGUGUGUGCGUGUGUGUGUGUGUGUACGUGUGUGUGUGAGCGUGAGUGUUCAAUCAUGAAUUUUCCACGUGAAAUUUUUCUCUUGUUCGCGAAAAUAUCGAUCAACGCUCGAAUUUUGAACGCAAUAAAAAAUAAUGUUCCUAAAUGUUUCACGAAUUUUUAUACAUUAUACAAUUAUAAUUAUCGGAAUGUUCGUCAUUCCCUUUUCGCCGGUUCGUUCGUCUCAUACAUUUUGGAGGGAACUUGCAACUUUUCUUACUCUCGUUCUUCGCGAAAGCCUAGCGAUUUUCUUACUCCUCUGUAAAUCUUUAAAAGUCAUCGAUAUAAGUGUCAAAAAGCAAAUAACUCUUAUUUAUCUCUUUAAUAUAAUAGCUAUGAAUGCGUGUAUUUGUAUGUACGUGUAUUUGUAUGUUCCGUGAAUGAUAAAAUGAUCGACGACACAAGCGACGUGAAUACUACAAGACACAAUGUAUGAUGGUACAUAUCGUUUGUUUUCUUCUCAGCUAGAAAAAAUUCGCGUUCAUUUUUUUUUGUCGUUUUGUCUCUUUCUUUCAUUGUUUAUAGCAAUUAUCGUUUAAAGUUAGUGGUUACGGGCCAGUUCCUAUAAUAUAUAUACAUAUUAAAUUCAAUAUUUUGUUGUUGUUGUUGUUGUUGUUGUAGUUGUUAUUUUUGGCAAUAACGUGGCAAUCAAGCACUCGCACACGCCACUCGAAAUUUGGGGUAUCCCCAGGCGAACCCGUUACAAACAGGGGAACUAUAUUUUAAUAAUUCUAUAAUGAUAUUUUCGUCAUUCGUGUUUCAAGCAAAC